AUACAUAUAUCUGGUAUAAUGUACCCCAUCUGUAUCCAUUUAUUAAAGUGUUACUAAACCCAUGGCCCUGCAUUCACUAUAUCUGAUAUCCCGCAGACCCUGCAUUCACUAUAUCUGGUCCCCCACAGUACACAGAACAUGGAAAUUUAAUUAUUUUAGAAACUAUAAACUGCUAAAUACCUUUUCUCAUCAGCAGUUAGAGCAGUCUUGUGACUUCUAUUAGUGUCCAGCUGAGCACUGGUUAAAGCUUGUAGGAGGAGUUUUCAUUUUGCUCUAG